AUGAUGUCAGUGAAUGAGCAAUCACGGGCGGCGCCCAUACAUCUGUGCGACACGUUUAGUCAUUUUGAUGCCACUGUAGAGUCCGAUUCGUACCGAUCUUUCCGUUUACUCAAGUACUACAUGUCGGCCCGUUUGGAGAGGACUGAGACUCCGGCCGUACUUUGCAUUUCCGCUUUCUUGUGGUUUGGUUUCCUAAGCCAGAGGUUUACC